AGUAUUAUUCUCUCCUCGCUUGAGAAAAUACAGUAUGGCUAACCAUAGAACCGCCUCGCCGGAGAUCCGACCGGACGGUCUCCGAGUCAUAAAAUUACUCGGAAAAGGCGCCACCGGCACGGUGCUCCUGGUCCACGACGACUCCGGCGGGCAGCCAUUCGCUCUCAAGGUGGUGGAGAAAUCGUCCGUCCACCGCAACGCCGAUCGCCGCGCUCGCCACGAAAUCUCCGUCCUCCGGCGAAUUUCCGGUGCUGCCGUGGCCCAUCCUUUUCUGCCGCACCUAAUAGGAUCGUCGGAGGAUCAGGAAUUCAUCUGCUGGGGAAUUCCGUACUGCCCCGGCGGCGACCUGAACGUCCUCCGUUACCGGCAAAACGACCACGUGUUCUCCCCCGCCGUGAUCCGAUUCUACCUCGCCGAGAUCGUCUGCGCUCUGGAAAACCUCCAUGGCCAAGGCAUCGUGUACAGAGACCUCAAGCCGGAGAACAUUCUAGUGCAGCAGUCCGGGCACGUGACGCUCACGGACUUCGACCUGUCACGUGACCUAGCGCGGAGGAGAUCCGACGGUCCAAGUUUCAUACCGGAAGGAAAGGCGGUGAAGCGUCAGCCGUUGGAUCAAAAACUCACCCGCUUCAUAAGUCGCAAAAGUGGGAAACGCGACUUUUACAGCAAAGGUUUGUUGAAGAAGGCCAAAAGCGCACGUGUGUCGCCCGUGAGCCGCCGGAACCCUAGCGACGACGACGACAACGUCGCCACCAACGAGCGGUCGAAUUCGUUCGUCGGCACGGAGGAGUACGUCUCGCCGGAGGUCAUACGCGGCGACGGACACGAAUUCGCCAUCGAUUGGUGGGCGGUCGGAGUUCUCAGCUACGAGAUGCUGUACGGAAGCACGCCGUUCAAGGGGAAAACGCGGAGGGAGACUUUCCAGCGAAUACUGGUGGCGGAGCCGGAAUUCAUGGGGAAGCCGAACGCAUUGACAGACCUGAUCGGGAAGCUGCUGGAGAAGGACCCCACGCGCCGCCUGGGGUACCGGCGCGGUGCGGGGGAGAUCAAGGAGCACGAGUUCUUCCAGGGAUUGAGCUGGGAUUUGCUAACGGAGGUGUUACGGCCGCCGUUUCUGCCUUCAAAAGACGAGACGGAAGUGACGGCAGAUGGGACGGGGAUGAAGGAGUUCUUCCGGCAGAUGAAGCUCCCGCCAGCGCCGUUAUGGUCGCCGUCACUGGAUGACGUGUCGCUAACGGACUUCUGACGCACGUGUAAAGUCCGUGGGGGUGGGGGGGAUUUUUUUUUUUGUAAUUAUUAGAGGUGUCUCUGUGAAUAUACUACUAUAAUAAUGGAAUUAAUUGGAAAGUCCGGCGUAAAUUAAGAGAGAGUGUCAGUGGUUAGGGGCGCAAAUUAGAAAGUUGAUGCGUUGUAAUUUUAACCUAAUCUGAUCAUCAUAAUGAAUUAGCUGCGGCGGCGCGUGAUGUACAGUGGCCAUUGUGUGGGUGUGGGAAUACAAUAAGAAGAAGGGCCACAAUUUUUGGGUUGUUUAUGUAGUUUCACAUAAUUUCAGUUAUUUAAUUUUUGUAUUUGAUGCAGGCAGUUAGUUAGCUGUGAUUGAAUGGAAUCAUCUAUAUUCCCAUUUAGUUUGAAUUGAUAUAGCACUUCUUGUAUAUAUCGGUCUCUAUUUUAGUAGUCCCGUGAAGAAUGACUCGGUGGUGCCCGUAAGGUGA